AUGGCGUCGUCAAGGAUAUUUAUGGAAAGUGAUGUUCAAGCAACCCAAGAUUAUCUCAAUUGGUUGAACUCGAACUUGGAUGUUGCUAAGAGAGUUGAUGUAGACGUUGUCACUAAGACUGAUACAGUGACCAUAGGCGAGCUCUUUUCUUAUAUGAAGCAGGCAGAUGCUAAGGUUGCUUGGUUUGAGUGCAUAGCCACCAUUGGUGAUGUUGUACAUGGUUCGGGAUGGUAUUACAUAGGCUGUGGUGGGUGCCACACAAAGGCAACCAAAGGGCCUACCACCCUUAUGUGUAAAAAGUGUGGGAAGAGUGAUAUUGUUGGUGUUGCACAGUACCUAGCCAAGAUAUCUGUGUACGACAAUAAUGACCAGGCGGUUUUUGUGCUCCUUGGUGACUCUGGUCAUGAGCUGUCUGGGAAGAAGGCUUCUGAGUUGGUUGAGAGUUAUUUUGAGGCCAACGAGGAUGAAGGAUCUGAUCACUUGGUUCCGGUCCCUCAAGCUCUGAUUGAUACCAUAGGCCAGACUCGCAAGUUCAUUAUGAAGGUAUCAACCCACAAUUUGACUGGCAAGACCCAAACUUUGACUGUGACAAAGGUGCUCACUCCAGAAGACCCAGAUAUUGGAGUCAAUUUAGAAGAAUCCGAUGGUGAGAGGGUGAAAAGGGCUGCUGAAAAGAUUGAGGGAGAAGAGCCUAAGAGAGCCAAAUGUGGCUAA